GUCUCGGUCAUGUUCACACAUGUACGGGCUGACUAUCUCGCCUUGGAAGUUGGGAGAGAGAUUUUUGGCAGAUCCAGUUCAUGGUUUCAAAAGGGCUGCAAAGCUGGAAAGGGUACAUAUAUCCCUGUCGAAACCCUUGCUUCUGCACAACUUCAUUAAUUGAUACCGGGCUUUGAGGUCGCCCAAACAGCAGAGGGAUUUUUUUUGAAAAGGAUAAUAUUUUCACUUCCACUUCCUACUCUUCUGGCAAAACGAAUUAGGGGAGACUUGAACUUGGGACCAGCUUGGGAGCGAAGAGAUGGCUCAGAGCCAAGGACUUCCAAUGCAAAACUGAGCUGGAGGAGCCAGCAUUUCCAGCAGCAGAGGCAAUGCAAAGCAGCAGUUUGGCGGGCUCAAAAGACGAAAGCCUUGGCUGAGUUGACAUCAUCCUUUCCUCCCCACGCCACCUCACUACUGCUGAGUUUCUCCCUCUGCUUAUCUGGAGGUCAAGAUGGACACUCCCGUUGAAGAGGCUCUAGGGGUUAUGGUGGAGACCUUCUACAAAUAUUCCUCCAAGGAAGGCGACCGCUUUAAGCUCAACAAAGCUGAGAUGAGGGAGUUGCUUCUCAGUGAGCUGCCCACCUUUGUCAGGGGCAAGAUUGAUGAACCUGGGUUCAAGAACCUGAUGAAGAAAUUAGACAGCAACAAGGACGAGGCGCUGGAUUUCCAGGAGUACGCAGUCUUCUUGGCUCUCACCGCUGGCCUGUGCAACCAAUUCUUCCAAGAGUGUGCUGAUGAGGAGAACCGGAAGACAUGAAGUUGACAUUUCCAAGGGGGCCUCUUUAACUGUUGCACCUGCCCAGGCAGACACCACCAGGAGGUGGUUGCUGGACAGUAAUAAAGAUGAUUCAAAUGA